UUAUAUUAUGACCCUAAAUCAAAAUCAAAAGCAAUCUACAAUCCCUAUAUAUCAAUGGCGUUCAAGAAAACACUACCACAACGUAUUUUUAGUGCAUACAAAUUUAGUGCACCAUCUCUAACAACAUGCCGUAUUAAUGCUUCUUCAUCAACGGUGCAAACAAAAUUCCCUGUUUUUACGAGUCCUGAUACAAUUAUAACGCCUGAUCCCCGGCGAUUCCUUCACCAAUCACUGGCAUCCUCGCCAGGGAUCAGGUCACUACCCACCGGAGAAAAACUCCGCGAAAAAUUACGUGUGAUGGACAUAAUGAGACUUAAUGGACUCUUGCAUCCGCGGGCUCCACCCAGACAGGAGUUGGAUGUGGGGUCCGUGGCGGAUGCAAGAAAGAUUUUGAGGUUGUCUCAACUUGAGAUGUUGAAAUUGAGGCUAAGGAAAAUUGAUAAGAGUUGGAUUUUGUGCUCUGAAUUUAUUCAAAUAUGUAAUGAAACAUGUUCGAAUGAUGAUCAAGGAAUGGAGUUUGCUAAGAAGUUGGAUGAAUCGGGAGAUGUGAUGGUUUUGGGAAACGUUGUUUUUCUCAGGCCUGAUCAGGUAGUACGAGCCAUGAACGAACUAAUGCCAAUUCCCUUAGCCAACCCAAAUCAUGACACAGAAACAAUCAAGGAGCUUCAACAAAUGAAGGAACAAAAAACAGUUAUUGACAAGAAAGCAGAAUCAUUGGUACGUAGGGAGAUGUGGUGUGGACUUGGCUUCUUUGUAAUUCAGACAAUAGCUUUUAUGAGGUUCACUUUUUGGGACCUAACAUGGGAUGUUAUGGAACCAAUUUGUUUCUACCUCACGUCUACAUAUUUCGUAGCUGCUUAUUCUUUCUUCCUUAAGACAUCCAAAGAGCCUUCUUUUGAAGGGUUCUUCCAGGCACGUUUUAGUACAAAGCAGAAACGACUCAUGAAAGUUCAUAAUUUCGAUCUUCAAAGGUAUAAUCAGCUCCGGAGAGCUCACUAUCCUCACUCAUCGCCAGUUAAUUGGUAACGAGGGUACUUGAAUCUCUUCUGAGGUAGAAGGGAAAAAAGAAGAAGGAAAGAAGAUACUACAAUAAUUUUUCUUCCUCGUUUUUUCUUAAUCUUUUCUCCUU